AUGAGCCGUUUCCCUGCCGGUCCCCGCAUCCCGCGGGACUUCCCUGCGCACUCGUGCCCGGCGGUGCCGGGAAGCGGGAGGUGCGGGACCCGGGCCGGGGCAGGGAGCGGGGCCUCCGCGCGGGGCGUGACGGCGGGUGUUGCCGCCGGAACGGGGCAGAGGGACGGGGUGCAGAGAGGAACGGAGUGCGCCCAGCGCCUCUUCUCCCUCCUCUCGUUCUCCGCGGGUGCCGGCAGCACGGAGCGGUGUCUGUGUGGGGAGUUCCGCAAGCGAGCAGCUGUGCUCUCUGUUCCCGUUAUCCGGACCCGGGUGCCCACGCAGGACCGGGACAGCACGUCCAGCCAGCUGCCCAGCAGCAAGCGGAUGCGCACCGCCUUCACCAGCACGCAGCUCCUGGAGCUGGAGAGGGAGUUCGCCUCCAACAUGUACCUCUCCCGGCUGCGGCGAAUCGAGAUCGCCACCUACCUGAACCUCUCCGAGAAGCAGGUGAAGAUCUGGUUUCAGAACCGACGGGUCAAGCACAAGAAAGAAGGCAAAAGCAGCUCCCAUCGGGGCGGGGGGGCUGGCCACAGCUGCAAAUGCUCGUCCCUUUCCACCAACAAGUGCUCGGAAGACGACGAGGACUUGCGCAUGUCUCCGUCCUCCUCGGGGAAGGACGACAGAGGCCUCGCAGUGUCCCCGUAG